AUGUAUGCAGGAAAUGUCUUUCAAGAGGAGGAAAAUGGUGAAGGAGAGAGUUUAGUUCGCGUAAGAGAAGAAAGGGGGACGAGAAGUGGAAAGGUAUUCAAGAACUGGUCUUCGAACCAGCGAUCCAACCCCGCGCCCGUCUGGCGGGAUCCCAAGUUCAGUGAGACCAGCAUCGAGGUUGGUGUCCUCGGCGUCAACCACCCCGAGCCAGGCAGCGACAUCAUCCCCGAGAUUCCAUUGUCGUCCGCUCGCGCUGCCGGCGCGCCUACUAUGCUUGGACUCACCUUGAACCUCGAGGAGGGCUCGUACGCCUUUCUUUGGAGAGACUCGAACUGCAAGUUCAUUAACCCAAAGUAUGUUCGACUUAACGAUGAGUACACCAUGGCCACGGCGAGAGCUACUGCUAUUGAGCACUAUAAUGGCCGAGCGAUUGCGCGCAUUAUGUCUUUCAAUACCGACCUUAUCAUCAGCGCGGCCCGUCGCCGCAUCCGGAAGUGGGCGGUCAGUGGCAGCCAGACUCGGGCCGACCUUGAUGAGGAAGACAUCGUCACAGCUGGUGAGGUGCGCAAGCUUGUCUUUGCCUCCGACUUCUUGGCCGAGUGCCAAAUUGCUCUGCAGGAGACGAUGCAGGAGCUCUCGGGGCGCGAUCCUUUCGUUCUAUCCUUUUAA